CACACCUACUUCUCGUCCCCCUUCCUCUUAGCCCCAGCGAAACGUAAACCAGCAAUCAUAAAACUCAUUACCAUUCCAAGUUGUCAGACCUGCAUGAAGACCCGUGAUCAUCAUGGAACCUAUCUUGUAACUGUUUUUCAGUAUGUCCUGUAAGAAUGAGAAAACUUUUAAUGGCAGAAGGAAGAAUAUCAACAUAGUUGUUAUUGUGCAAGAAUGAAAAUAAGAUGUACCUAUCUACAAAAACUGCAGUACAGGUGCUACUUGAUCUCCCUGUCACUACUCAUUGUGUGUCUGUUGAAGCUUGUCUACAUAAAAGUGACUGUGAAGAACAGCUUUUUCAUUGAGCCCUAUGGAAUUUCUGCUGGUGCUUUUAGAAAUCAAGCACAUAAGGACAUCGAUUGCACUGCUAUUUAUGAACUAAAUCCAGUUGAGAUUGGGAAGUCUUUAGAAAUAAGGCGAAAAGAAGUCGUUACUUUGGAAGAUGAGAAUAUUGCAUCUAUAACUUCAGACUGUCAGAGGUACAUAGUUUGGAGGGGAUAUGUGGAUAUCUCGGUAUCGAGCGAGGAGCGGCAGUUUCCACUUGCCUAUUCAUUGGUUGUGCAUAAGGACGCCUAUAUGGUGGAACGGAUGUUACGGGCGAUCUAUGUGCCUCACAACAUUUACUGCAUUCACUAUGACCAAAAAUCUUCCAAGAACUUCAUAGCCGCUAUGGAGAACCUGUCCAAGUGUUUCCCCAACGUCUUUCUGGCGUCCAAGCUGGAGUCGGUGCAAUAUGCCCACGUCACGAGACUCAAGGCCGACCUUAACUGCCUGUCGGACCUCCUCAAGUCCCCGGUCAAGUGGAAGUACGUUAUCAACCUGUGCGGCCAGGACUUCCCCCUCAGGUCCAACUUUGAGCUGGUGUCGGAGCUGAAGAGGCUAAAGGGCGCCAACAUGCUGGAGUCCAGCCGCCCCAGCGAGCUCAAGAAACAGCGAUUCGCCUUCCGGCACGUGGUGAAGGACGCGCCUUUUGAGUACCAGAAACUGCCCGUCAAGACCACUCAGGCCAAAGACCCUCCCCCACACGGCAUCGAGAUGUUUAUCGGAAGCGCCUACUUUGUCCUGUCGCGCGAGUUCGUGAGCUACGUCUCCGAAAGCCGGUUGGCGGAGGACUUCCUGUCCUGGUCUGCGGACACGUACUCCCCGGACGAGCACUUUUGGGCCUCUCUGGUACGGGUGCCGGGGGUGCCUGGGGGGGUCCCCCGGUCCACGCCCGAUAUCACGGACCUGAUGAGCAAGACUCGGCUGGUGAAGUGGAACUACCUGGAGGGGUCACUGUACCCGUCCUGCACGGGCACUCACCUGCGUAGCGUGUGCAUCUUUGGGGCUGCAGAACUGCGCUGGCUUCUCAAUUAUGGACAUUGGUUCGCCAACAAGUUUGACCCCAAAGUAGAUCCUGUACUUAUCAAGUGCUUGGAGGAGAAACUUGAAGAAAAGCAGCGACACUGGGUUAACCUGGGGUCAAAAUGACCUUUUCGAGGAGGGUGGGGGUUGUGAGGCAUUUUGGAUUUGAGUUUGUGAGCAAUUGAAUAUAUAACUUCAAUAUAUUGUCUGUGAUAAAAACAUUUUCAAGCAGAAUAUUCUGAUGCACUUUAUGUUUCAGAUUUCAUUUCCAAUCAAAACUUUGACCUGCUUCAGGCUUCAGUCUCAGUCUUUUUUUUUAACUGAGGAAACCUGCCGUACACCUUGGCUUUCAACAUCUGAGAGUCCAAGUCAUAUCAUGUUAUCAUAAGAAAGAUAUCAUGAGAAGAACAGAUAAGAGGUCACAGUUUAAUGCAAAUAACAUUUUUAAAGGAACCUAAUGCAAGGUUAGGCAAUGGCUGCAAUAACUGCUUAUUUUGAAUGAGUCUUGACUCUUGACACGGUGCAAUAAGUUCCACGGUGUGAUUGUUUGCCCUUCUUGUGCAUUGUAUUGCUUGGUGCUGUUAAAAUGUGUUAUCUUUUUUCCAGUCAUUUUUAGCUCUGUACCUUCAAAUGCUUCUUUAAAGAUAAAUUGAUGUGUUUUAAUUUUACUCUGAAAUUGCACUGCCCUUUUUGAAAAAGUUAACAGUUGUGCUAAUUCUAUAUUAGGAGUGGUUGUCUUUUAAUUACUUAUGGUAUGGAGGACUCAAGCUACUUUUUAUAGAUUUAUGUUUUUUUUACGCCUUUCGCAAAGCCUUGACAUUAGCCUAAGAGUGGAAUAACAAGUCAGUACAAUAAUUAAUUGCAUGUGGUUGAGAGUUUUGUUUUAAUAUACGUCACCAUAUCACAUAAAGCUACUGUUCUAAAGUGUCCAGAUCA